CAGCCGAGACAAGCAGCGCCCUUUCGACCUGCUUCCACCAAGUCGGCCCCCUACUUAAAGUGUCCCAUCGCCCUCGUUGCUUUCGUCGUGCGGACGACACGGUGCCGACCUUCUGACCACCAUGGCGGGUAUCUUUCGAACGAUCUAUGACUGGCUCCUGAGGAUGUUCUGGGCGACGGAGAUGGAUGUCACCAUGAUUGGCCUCCAAAAUGCUGGAAAGUCCUCGCUGCUGCGCGUGCUGGCGGGGGGCGAGUUCACUGUAGACUCAAUUCCCACGAUCGGCUUUAACACGAAACGGGUCCAAAAGGGCCAUGUGACGCUCAAGUGCUGGGACCUCGGUGGCCAGCCACGGUUUCGACCUAUGUGGGAGCGAUACUGUCGGGGAGUGAAUGCGAUCGUGUACAUCGUGGAUGCAGCGGAUCGAGCCGCCUUACCAGUUGCCAAAGAGGAGUUGCACGAUCUCAUGAAUAAAGAGACGCUCAACGGAAUUCCGCUGCUGGUCCUCGGAAACAAGUCCGACCUCCAAGAUAAGCUGUCGGUCGAUGAUCUAAUCCACGCGAUGGACCUGAAGACCAUCACCCAUCGCGAAGUGAGCUGCUAUGGUAUCAGCGCCAAAGAGGAAACCAACCUUGAUGCUGUUCUGCAUUGGUUAAUUGCUCGGGCCAGCCGAUGAAACGUUGGCGGCGGAAAUCGCCCCAGGUGUGUGACGGGAUGGACCAUUGUCUCAUCCUCGAUGGAUCAACUGUAGACUGCAAACAAUGCGGCUUGCCGCCCAGAUGUAAUGAUGUGAACGACGUGAACCAGGCACAUUGAGCUUCAGCGUAACAUUUUGUCCGAUCUUCAGCAACUCG